CUCGGACGGCCGCCGCUAGCUGCGAGUGGGAGAGCGUGAGGGCUAGCUCAGGACGGCCGGGCUCGGAGUCCGGCGGCAGCAGACGAGUAUCGUGGCGGCGAAAAAAAUGCUUCUGUACCGAGGGGCCCCUGCGGGCCCAGGCGCGCCAGGCGUCGGGCUGGCCCGGCCAGGCAGCGUCCCGCAGGCCUUCGGAAUCCGCUUGAGCACGAUGAGCCCCCGCUUCCUACAGAGCAACUCCAGCAGCCACACGCGACCCUUCAGUGCCAUCGCGGAGCUGCUAGAUAAUGCUGUAGAUCCAGAUGUGUCUGCCAGGACGGUCUUUAUAGAUGUUGAGGAGGUCAAGAAUAAAUCUUGUUUGACCUUUACUGAUGAUGGAUGUGGAAUGACACCUCACAAACUCCACCGAAUGCUCAGCUUUGGCUUUACAGACAAAGUGAUAAAGAAGAGCCAAUGUCCCAUCGGUGUCUUUGGUAAUGGUUUUAAGUCAGGCUCUAUGCGGCUAGGAAAGGACGCUCUUGUCUUCACCAAGAAUGGGGGUACUCUCACCGUUGGACUCCUAUCACAGACCUAUCUGGAAUGCGUCCAGGCCCAGGCAAUUGUUGUACCAAUCGUUCCAUUUAGCCAGCAAAACAAAAAAAUGAUUAUUACUGAGGAUUCCUUGCCAAGUCUAGAGGCCAUCUUGAACUACUCAAUUUUCAACAGUGAAAAUGACCUGCUAUCCCAGUUCGAUGCUAUCCCAGGCAAAAAAGGCACUCGUGUUCUCAUUUGGAAUGUCCGCAGAAACAAAGAUGGAAAGUCUGAGUUGGACUUUGAUACAGAUCAGUAUGACAUCCUGGUAUCAGACUUUGACGAAGAAGAAAAAGAGACUGGUGGGGUUACUACUGAGCUUCCAGAAACAGAGUAUUCUUUACGGGCAUUUUGUAGUAUUCUAUAUAUGAAACCACGGAUGAAAAUUUUCCUGCGUCAAAAGAAAGUGACUACCCAGAUGAUUGCCAAGAGCCUGGCCAAUGUAGGAUAUGAUAUGUAUAAACCUACCUUCACAAAUAAGCAGGUGAGAAUCACUUUUGGAUUCUCUUGUAAAAAUAGUAACCAGUUUGGAGUGAUGAUGUACCAUAACAACCGGCUAAUAAAGUCCUUUGAGAAGGUGGGAUGCCAGAUAAAGCCAACUUGUGGAGAAGGUGUGGGAGUAAUUGGAGUCAUUGAGUGCAAUUUCCUAAAACCUGCCUACAACAAACAAGACUUUGAGUACACCAAGGAGUACCGGUUGACAAUAAAUGCCCUUGCCCAGAAGCUUAAUGCUUAUUUGAAGGAAAAGACAUCUGAAGAGAAUUUUGAGACCUUUCCUACAGCCAGGAAGAUUCCUGACCAGACAUGGGUACAGUGUGAUGAGUGUCUUAAAUGGAGGAAGCUUCCUGGCAAGGUCGAUCCAUCUACAUUGCCUGCAAGAUGGUUUUGUUACUAUAAUCCUCAUCCAAAAUAUAGGAGAUGCUCUGUUCCAGAAGAACAAGAACCCAUGGAUGAAGACCUAUACCUAAGCAAAGCUAAGCAACAAGCUCAAACUGUUGAGAAGAAGAUGAUGACUGUGGAAAAUGAGAACUACCAGGUAUUCAGUAAUCCACCAAAGAUUCCUACUGUUCAAGAUAUGGCUGGACUUAAUGACAAGACAGUUGGAUAUGAGAGAAUUGAUAGCCCUAUCCUGCUUCCAUCUGUUGGAGGCAAAAGCAGAUCACCUUCUCUUCAACUUAAGCCUUUGGAUUCGAGUGUUUUUCAGUUUUCCAGUAAGUACAAAUGGAUUGUAGGGGAGGAACCUAUGGAGAAACGAAGAAGGCUACGGAAUGAGAUAACAACAUCUCCUCUAGAUUAUUCUAUGCCUGGCUCUUACAGGAAGGCAGAGGCAGCUGUUGCCUACUCAGAAGGGGAGAACAGCCAUGAUAAAUCUAGUUCUGAGAGAAGUACACCACCAUACCUUUUCCCAGAAUAUCCAGAAGCAAGCAAGAAUACAGGGCCAAACAGGGAAGUUUCAGUUGUAUAUCCAGGGCCCCAAGACCAGCGCCAGGGGUCCCUGCUUCCUGAAGAAUUAGAAGAUCAGAUGCCAAGACUGGUAGCAGAAGAAUCUAACAGAGGUAGCAUGAACAUAAACAAAGAGGAAUUGAACAAGGGACCUUUUGUAGCUGUUGUUGGUGUUGCAAAAGGAGUUAGAGAUUCAGGAGCUCCCAUUCAGCUAAUCCCUUUUAAUAGAGAAGAGUUUGCUGAAAGAAGAAAAGCAGCUGAAUCAUGGAACCCAGUGCCCUAUUCUUCUGUGGCGUCUGCUGCAAUCUCUACUGCAGCCACCAGGGAGAAAAAAAGAGGCCACGCAGAGAGUGGAGGUCGUAAUAUGCCAAAGAUUAAGAACCAGAGAGAGCUGGAAGAAUUGAAGAGAACCACAGAAAAAUUGGAACGUGUUUUGGCUGAAAGGAAUUUGUUCCAGCAAAAGGUGGAGGAACUGGAACAGGAGAGGAAUCGCUGGCAUUCUGAAUUCAAGAAAGUUCAACGUGAAUUGAUGACCUACAGUACCCAGGAGACAGAAGGCUUGUACUGGAGCAAGAAACACAUGGGUUAUCGCCAAGCCGAAUUCCAGAUUCUGAAAGCUGAGCUAGAAAGAACCAAAGAGGAAAAGCAAGAAUUAAAAGAGAAACUGAAGGAGACACAGACACAUUUGGAAGUACUGCAGAAGGCUCAGGUCUCCUACCGGAUCUCAGAGGGAGAUGACCUAGAAAGGGCUUUGGCAAAGCUUACGCGGCUGCGUAUCCACGUCAGCUAUCUCCUUACUUCUGUCCUCCCUCACUUGGAGCUUCGUGAGAUCGGGUAUGACUCAGAACAAGUGGAUGGUAUCCUGUACACGGUGUUGGAGGCAAAUCACAUACUGGAUUGAGCACCACACUAUAUUAUAUACUGUCCUCUUUCUCUUUUAUGUCUGUGAACUGUAUAUACUCUUUUCUACCCUUCUCUCCCCUUCUCUUCCCUUCCCUUCCCUUCUC